GCGAGGAAACGGAUAGAAUAGGAACAGACCCUGAUAUGAGAGGCCCUGUUUUCUUUACCUAAAAAGAUAACACUCCCUCCCUCCCUCACUCCCAAAUCUCCCAAAACCAAAACCUCCCAAUCCCUUCUCUCUUUCUUAGAAGCUACUCUUCCAUGGCAGCUAUUUCUUCAGCAACAGCCUCAACUUCCUCAAAGCUCAAAAGCCAAUAUGCCUCACUUUCAUCACCAUCCCCUUCUUCUUCUUCUUCCCCAACUUCCCUCUCUCUCUCCUCCACCAUUAAACCCACCACUUCCAAGCUAACCCAUCUUUCUUCCUCCUUCUUCAACCCCUCCACCAUUCUCCACCUCACACCCACCACCACAACCCGCCAACACCGCCCUUUCACAAUCCGAGCAGCUCGUGGCAAAUUCGAGCGCAAGAAACCCCAUGUCAACAUCGGCACCAUCGGCCACGUCGACCACGGCAAGACCACUCUCACCGCUGCCCUCACCAUGGCUUUGGCCGCCUUGGGUAACAGCGCCCCAAAAAAAUACGACGAAAUCGACGCCGCCCCGGAAGAGCGAGCUCGUGGUAUCACCAUCAACACCGCCACCGUCGAGUACGAGACCGAGAACCGCCACUACGCCCACGUGGACUGUCCCGGCCAUGCCGAUUACGUUAAGAACAUGAUCACCGGUGCUGCACAGAUGGACGGUGCUAUUCUCGUCGUCUCCGGCGCCGACGGCCCAAUGCCGCAGACCAAGGAGCACAUUCUCUUGGCUAAGCAAGUGGGUGUUCCUAAUAUGGUCGUUUUCUUGAACAAACAAGACCAGGUUGAUGAUGAGGAGCUUUUGCAGCUUGUUGAAUUGGAGGUGCGUGAGUUGCUUUCUUCUUAUGAAUUCCCUGGUGAUGAUGUGCCAAUUAUUUCUGGUUCUGCUCUGUUAGCUUUAGAGGCUUUAAUGGCGAAUCCUAGUAUUAACCGAGGAGAGAAUCAAUGGGUUGAUAAGAUUUAUGAACUUAUGGAUGCAGUAGAUAGUUAUAUACCCAUUCCUCAAAGACAAACUGAUCUGCCAUUUUUGCUUGCCAUAGAAGAUGUUUUUUCGAUUACAGGUCGUGGUACUGUGGCCACUGGCCGUGUAGAAAGGGGUAAAGUUAGGGUUGGAGAGACUGUGGAAAUUGUUGGUUUGAAGGAAACAAGGAACACCACUGUUACUGGUGUGGAAAUGUUUCAGAAAAUUCUUGAUGAGGCAUUGGCUGGUGAUAAUGUGGGGUUGUUGCUUAGAGGUAUUCAGAAAGCUGAUAUACAGAGAGGUAUGGUUUUGGCUAAGCCCGGAACCAUCACUCCGCAUACCAAGUUCACUGCAAUUGUGUAUGUGUUGAAGAAGGAAGAAGGCGGUAGGCAUUCGCCGUUCUUCGCUGGUUAUAGGCCUCAAUUUUACAUGAGGACUACUGAUGUCACUGGGAAAGUGACUCAGAUUAUGAAUGAUAAGGAUGAAGAGUCCAAGAUGGUUAUGCCCGGUGACCGUGUGAAGAUGGUUGUUGAACUAAUUGUUCCGGUUGCUUGUGAACAAGGAAUGAGGUUCGCUAUCAGAGAAGGAGGGAAGACUGUUGGUGCCGGUGUUAUUCAAUCCAUAAUUGAGUGAUAACAGAAAGGAAGAAGGAAAGAACAAUCUUUGGCAAUGGCAGUAAAAUGCUCUUCACUUUUGAGUUGUGUCAAAACCUUUUUAUCCUCAGCUGAAAAUUUUUAUCUAGUUUUUGUCAUUUUACUCAAUUUUUCAUGAAUCCAAUGUCAUAUAUUUUGUAGGACUGUUAUCCUUUUCCCUUGGCUUUUUGUUCAUCUGGUAGUGUAGUUGGAUAAUGUUGUUGUGAUAAAUUCCGCUUUAACUUUCA